AUGCUUGUAGUGGAAAACACUAAGCAUGAUUCCAAUGCGAACAGGGUCAGUAGCAUGGAUGGUGUUAGUUGUGAAGAUGCGGCGAAGAGAAAGAAAGUGGACCAGAAAGCUGAAGACACUGUGACGUGUCCAGUUACUGUUGCUCGUGAUCAGAAUAUCUUUCUGGCACAACAAAGCACUUCGGAUCAAUCGAAGUGGAGUGAGAACAAGUCGAUGAGAGUGGAAGAAGAGCCACGUCCGCGAAAGGAUCCACCUCAAUCAAUCAUGCUGAAUGUGAGUGACAACAAGACCCGAGGAGUCAAGGAAGAACCUCGUUCUCGGAAGGAUCCUCCCGAUUCAUGGAUGAUGUUCAAUGAUGCAUGGAGACGUACGAAGGAGGAGCAUCAACCGCGCAAGGACCCGCCGUUGUAUGUCACAUGUACAACUAUGGUCAUUAUGGGAAUCUAUUCGGAUGUCGAAACCAGGGAAAUCGGCGGCAGUCUACAACGAGAAAUCUCCUCAGCUGCUGAUUGGAUACAUCUCAUCUCGCCAGCUACCAUAAGUACUAACUUCGUUUUACCUUUUCAAAGUUGUAUCGUAUAUUUAUUUAUCUCCUAA